AUGAACGUUCUGCGACCAAGCGGAUCUCUACGUCCCAAUGGUAGAGGUUUGAAUGGUAUUAUGAUCAGAGAAGGAGAAGUACCCCGUUGCCGUCAAGUUCCAGUUGAUGGUAAGGGAAAGAAUUUGUUGGUCGAAAGUAUGGUUGGGAAGAAAAGUUUGGGUGUGAAAAGAAAUCCAAGUUUAGCAAUUCUUGAACCAUCGGCUUCGAAUGCUUUAAUUCUUCGUGUGAACAAAUUUUCUGAAGUUCUUGAUACUCUUAAAGGGCGUAAUAUCGAAGACGACUUGACAUCGGUGGAAGCUCUGAAGGAGGUUAAAAAUUUGGAGGAUCGUAGUUUAGAUUCUGUAGAUCCUGAAAUCCAGAAGAACAAGAUUAAUGAGGUUGCUGAAGCUUGGUCGAAACCGAAACCAAUCAAGAUAUCAUUCAAUAGAGAUCACGUUGAAUUUUCAAAGGAUGGCAUUGCUGUUAAAUUGAAUGCUGAUAUGGAGAUUAGACUUCCGUGCCUGCCUCUGUAUUUCUGGGAUGAGGACAAUAUUGCAAGAAUUGCUUCUUGCUUGGGCACGCCAAUGUACAUUGAUAGCAACACUUUCUACUGGGGUAAACGGGAGUUUGCUCGUUGUGGUAGAGUGGGUCAUAAUAGAGAUAUCUGCCUAGAAAAUGUAGCCAUUGGAAUACAGAAUCAAGGUUUAAAGGAGAUGGAGGUAGUUAAUGAUAACAGUGAGAAGGUUGUGCCUGACAGUAAAACUUAUGUGAUUAGCUCCGAAUAUGGUCCUUGGAUCCAUGUUGACUUCAAAAAUAAGAGAGGCAACAGAGGUAAUGUUAUUGGAAAAGGAAUAUAUGCUAAUAGGGUCAGCACUGCUAUCAGGGGAAAUAUUAAUAAGAAGGUUAAUUUGCAGAAAGAAAUAAAAAUGAUGAAUGAGGAGGGUACUGUUGCUGGACAUAAUGUCCUGGUUCCAAAUAUUUCUUCUGAAACUGAAAAUCUUGUUGGGAAAAAGAACUCAGAUAAUGUUCUAACCAAUAGAUUUGCAGUGCUGAGUGACAGUAUUGAAGAAGAAUGUAUGGGGAAUCAUGCUGAAACUGAUAAAAUAGAUGUAAGAGAUCGGGAAAGUAUGGAUGCUAAUAUCAGUAUUUAUGGUUUGGGUUCACAUAGUGGUGCUGCCAAGGUUAGGCUGUCCAAGGAAUUGAGAUCGUUGGGACCUGUGGAAUUGGAUUAUAAGAAGAAGAAAAGCUUGGGAACGUGGAAAGUUGCAACGAUUUACGGGAGUAGAUGUUGUAAGGAAAGGGGGAGCUUGUGGAAUCAACUUCAUGAUUUUAUGGAGGAUUCAAUUCCUUCCAUUAUUGGAGGGGAUUUUAAUUGUAUCAAUAACAAGGAGGAAAAGAGAGGAGGCAAAAGGUUCUUGUUUUCAAAAGGACCUAGGGAGAUGAAGAGCUUUAUGGUAAAUUCAUAUUUUCAUGAUAUUGGAAGUAUUGGACCAAGAUUUACUUGGUGUAAUAACAAGGAGGGGACCUCUCGGAUUUGGGAGAGAUUGGAUAGAUGUAUUCUAAAUUCAUAUGUUCAUGAACUGAAUAUUACAUUGAGGCGUCUAUCUACUUGGUGGAAUCAAAGGGCAAAAGUAAGAUGGCAUGAGGAAGGAGAUACGAAUUCAAGGUUUUUUCGGAAUUUUUCUUCGGCAAGAAGAAAUGGAAUCCAUAUUAAUCAGGUCAAAGAUGAGCUCAAUAUGAUACAAGUGAAGGAAGAUCAAAUUGAGAAGGUUUUCACUAAAUUUUUUGAGAAGAAGUGGAACUAUAGGAAAUGUGAGCUGACGGGUUGGCCGUUAGUUGAUGAAAGCCAAAAGGUGAACGAUGAAGAUAUGUUGAUGCUUAAUGAGGAAUUCUCUGUCAAUGAGUUGCAGCUCUCGAUCUUUCAGCAUGGAAACAACAAGGCUCCAGGUAUUGAUGGAGUUACUUCUUCUUUUUAUAAGAGCUAUUGGAGUAUUGUUUGGGAUACUCUUUGGAGUGAUGUCAACCGGUUUUUCAAAACCAGCAUUCUAAAUAAGGAGUGGAAGGACACUUUAAUUACUUUGAUUUCUAAAGUAAAAUACCCUUUGAUUCCAUCAAAUUAUAGGCCUAUCAGCCUUUGUCAGACUAAUUACAAAAUCAUGGCUAGUAUGUUAGUUAACAGAUUGAAGAAAGUUAUUGGCAAGAUGGUGUCUAAAGAGCAAGCAGCUUUCAUUCCUGGAAGAUCCAUAUCAGAACAUUGUCUCUUGGCUUAG